UAUUCUAAUUCUAAUGCAUCUAUAGAGGUGUAAAAAGGCGUUAAUCCAACGCUCCCGCCCCAUUGUUCCCACCUUCCGCUUCGAUCUUUCGCCACUCCCCUCCGCCGCCCUCAGCCUCCGAUCAAUUCAUGGAGGACGAAAAGACUCUCAAGAAAAUGGCGGAGGCCUUCAAAGAAUUGGCUAACACUAUAAAUCAAUGCCCGGACAGGGAAGAAGCCCGCCUCGAACUAGCCGCGUUCUCCAGGGCUUGCUCUCUCGUCUCCCCCCUUUUCCGCUGCCUCGGCAUCGCUUUCAAGUUCGCUGAACUUGAUUAUGUCUCCAAAGUUGAUGAUCUUGCGGAGGCAUCAAAAUCAAUAUUGACAUUGCCAGUGAUGAUGGAUGGUGAUAUUGAAGCCAAUUGUGUGCGGAGGGCAGGAAGCCAUACGAGGAAUCUACUAAGAGUGAAGCGUGGGAUUGACAUGGUCAAAGUUUUAUUUGAGCAAAUUCUUUCCUCAGAGGGAAAUUCCCUGAAGGAUCCUGCUUCGAAAGCUUAUGCACAGGUGUUUGCUCCCUACCAUGGAUGGGCCAUCAGAAAAGCUGUUGGUGCAGGAAUGUAUGCCCUUCCCACAAGGGCGCAACUGUUGAAUAAGCUGAAUGAAGAUGAAACGUCGGCCAGAAUUCAGAUGCAGAACUAUAUUUCGUCAGCAGGCCCAGUCAUUGUGUAUAUUGACCAGCUAUUCAUCAAUAGACAAUUGGGCAUUGAUUGGUGAACAUUCAGGGGCUUAGGUACGUUCCAAUUUUUUGUUUUUAUCCAUUUAUUGUGUAUCAUGUCAGUGUUUGACUCGCUUCUAUUCUUGUAUCUUAAUAUAUCGAACAAAUCACUUCUUUGUUUCUGGAAUUGUAUAGUAUUGAAUCCAUGAAACUGUUUUAUAA